AUGAGUGACAAUUCUACUUUGGCCCCUCCAACUUCAAACCAAGGUCCCACCACCCCACGCAAAGGACCCCCCAAGUUCAAGCAGAGGCAGACACGUCAGUUCAAGAGCAAGCCUCCUAAGAAAGGUGUGAAAGGGUUUGGAGAUGACAUUCCGGGCAUGGAGGGACUAGGAACAGAUAUCACGGUAAUUUGUCCUUGGGAGGCAUUCAGCCACUUGGAGUUGCACGAGCUCGCUUAGUUUGGGAUCAUCUGAGGCACCAGAGGUUCCGCCACUCUCAACAGCAUCUGCUAAUUCCACUUUGUUCCCUCCUCGUGUUACCGAGUCCAAGCUCGUGUCGCUCACUGCAUGACAGGCCAAAAAAGGGGCAAGGAAGAGCGACUUUAUUCAGAAAACCAGCAGACCUAAAAGAUGGUGGACCAGUGUCCCAAAGAACUAUCUUGUCCAGAUUAUCCUGUGUCCUGAGAGCCAGGGAAGAGAGGCCGUAACCAAAGACCAUGUUGCUGAAAUCUGGGUGAAGAAAUUAAGAGGACAGGGAAGCACGAGGAUAUUCAAACCCUUGGGCGCUGCAGCUUCAGUAGUUCAGAAGGAGAGCUCCAGACACCCCCAAAGACAAAAACAGACUGGUGAUAAUACUGAACUGACACUGAGUUUUUAUAGAAAUUUAACGAGGCUCUGUGGGACGGUUUAUAGGAACAUUGUGACCAGACCUACUUGGACAGCUGCAAAAACAAAGGAUUCCUGCACCAAGAAGUCUGUAACACCAGCCACACCCCCAUCACCUUUUAGUAUAAAGAAGCCUGAAUUCUAACUCAGAAAAAAAAAACCUUGUUCGGGGUGAGGAACUGGAACUCGUGGGCAUGGUGGCAAGCAGGAAGAUGAGCAACAAAGGAAGCAAAAGAAGGGAAUUUGAAGGGCACUGUGUUUCACAUCAAGACCAAACGAUCAAGGACUGGAGAGAUCAGCUAUCAAGAGACAGACGUGACCACAAGAACAAUUUUCCGGAAUCUUGGGAAGAGCUGGAAGCUUUCAUAAGCUAUGGAAUUCUAAAGUAUCUUACCUGGAGGAUGGCAGGGAGGGUCUCAGUUAAUGACUAGAUAAUAGUGGCUUUACCAAGUACCACUUUGAAAGUAUUGUUAAGUGUAGUUUCUUCUUUAUCUUGGUAUUACUUGAGCUCCUCAAGGAUGAAAUCCUACCUUAUACUUUCUUUUGGUUUCUUCUUCCCCCAUCCCUAAAACACAGACAGGUGACUUAUAGGAUGAAGUUUAGAAUUGGUCAGUUUGAAUAAAUGAAAUGGAUAAAUGAUGAAUUUCAGCUAUUUCCUCACCCUUUAGACCCAUUAAGUGAGCAGAUUACCCUGAUUUCAAAGUUGUUUCUUUUUUUAAAUUAGAGGUGGGAAGGGACUCUCCUAAAUAUGUUGCCAAUCAUAUAGGUACUGGGAAACUAGUUCA